AUGGCGCGGAAAAUAAGAUCCUCUUCUAACAACAUUCGACCACCAGAAAACCCUUCUCUUAUAGCUGUUCCGAUACAAAGGGAGUCAAACGGCUCGACGCCAUCAUCCAAAGCUCCUCGCAAUCCUCACCCCAGGUCCUCACAAGAGCCUAAGGAGCCCCCUCGAGCGACGCCAUCAUCCAAAGCUAUUCCUCGCAAUCCUCACCCCAGGUCCUCACAAGAGCCUGAGGAGCCCCCUCGAGCGACGCCAUCAUUCAAAGCUAUUCCUCACAAUCCUCACCCCAGGUCCUCACAAGAGCCUGAGGAGCCCCCUCGAGCGACGCCAUCAUCCAAAGCUAUUCCUCGCAAUCCUCACCCAAGGUCCUCACAAGAGCCUGAGGAGCCCCCUCGAGCGACGCCACCAUCCAAAGCUAUUCCUCGCAAUCCUCACCCCAGGUCCUCACAAGAGCCUCCCUCAAACGACGCCAUCAUCCAAAGCUAUUCCUCGUCCUCACAAGAGCCUGAGGAGCCCCCUCGAGCGACGCCAUCAUCCAAAGCUAUUCCUCGCAAUCCUCACCCCAGGUCCUCACAAGAGCCUGAGGAGCGCCCUCGAGCGACGCCAUCAUCCAAAGCUAUUCCUCGCAAUCCUCACCCCAGGUCCUCACAAGAGCCUGAGGAGCGCCCUCGAGCGACGCCAUCAUCCAAAGUUAUUCCUCUGAAUUCUCACCACGGGUCCUCACAAGAGCCUGAGGAGCACCCUCGAGCGACGCCAUCAUUCAAAGCUAUUCCUCGCAAUCCUCAUCCCAGGUCCUCACAAGAGCCUGAGGAGCACCCUCGAGCGACACCAUCAUUCAAAGCUAUUCCUUGGAAUCCUCCCCCUGGGUCUUCACAACAGGCGCCAUUAAAUGAUGAUGGAUCCUGA